AAAAAUAUUAAAAUUAAAUAAAUACUACUUUUUGUCAUUUUUAUAUAUGUAUGUAACAAGUUUAAUAGGAUAAAUAAUUUUGUAAUGGCUGGGAUCCGUGAGAUCCAGUGACGCAAGCUCUGGAGAUUGCUUAAAUUUGAAUCAGCAGUCGCUAGAAGAAAACGGAGGAGCGCAAAUGACGGCCAGGUAGGGUUGGCGAUUGACGGAUAGCAUCAAUCUAUCAAGAGUAAUAGGUUGGGGAGAGGAGAAAGAGAGAGAGAGAGAGAGCGCCCGAGAGAGAGCAUUUGGAGGAAAGAAUAAACAAAAAAUGGGUUGGGAGAAGGAUUACGCCCAUCGGAUUCUGGCGACAUGGUUAAUAGGAGGGAUGGUCGUCGGAGUUUCGUUGCUGGGUUUCCGUUUUGCUUUGCCGCCGCUGAGUAUUAGCAAUAAGAAGAAGAAGAGACCGAUAAGGGUUUACAUGGAUGGCUGCUUCGACAUGAUGCAUUAUGGUCACUGUAAUGCGCUCCGCCAAGCCCGAGCCCUCGGCGACCAAUUAGUCGUCGGCAUUGUUAGCGAUGCCGAAAUUAUUGCCAACAAAGGGCCACCAGUUACUCCCCUCGACGAGAGGAUGAUCAUGGUCAGUGCUGUAAAAUGGGUGGAUGAAGUUAUUUCUGAUGCUCCCUAUGCUAUCACAGAAGAUUUCAUGAGAAAGCUAUUUGAUGAAUACAAUAUUGAUUACAUCAUCCAUGGGGAUGAUCCGUGCGUUCUUCCAGAUGGGACUGAUGCCUAUGCCCUUGCCAAGAAGGUUGGCCGUUAUAAACAGAUAAAGCGCACAGAGGGGGUAUCAAGCACUGAUAUCGUUGGUCGUAUGCUUCUCUGCGUUAGAGAGAGAUCAACUGGAGACAAGCAUAGCCACUCCUCUCUGCAGCGACAAUUCAGCCAUGGUCACAGUCAGAAAUCCGAAGAUGGUAGCUCUGGUAGUGGAACGCGGAUAUCCCAUUUUCUGCCUACGUCACGUAGGAUUGUUCAAUUCUCCAAUGGCAAGGGACCUGGACCUGAUGCACGUAUAGUUUACAUAGAUGGUGCCUUUGAUCUUUUCCAUGCUGGACAUGUAGAGAUACUGAGGCUUGCACGAGGGCUGGGUGACUUUCUUCUUGUUGGCAUCCAUACUGAUCAAACUGUCAGUUCAAAUAGAGGAGCUCACCGCCCAAUUAUGAAUCUUCAUGAAAGAAGCUUAAGCGUUCUGGCAUGCCGAUAUGCAGAUGAGGUAAUUAUUGGUGCUCCAUGGGAGGUGUCCAAAGAUAUGAUAACAACCUUCAACAUCUCUUUGGUUGUGCAUGGGAGUGUAGCUGAGGAUAAUGAUUUUGAGAAGGAGAAGCAGAGAAAAUAUUCUGUUCCAAUCAGCCUUGGUAUCUUUAAGCUACUGGAAAGUCCUCUGGAAAUAACAACUAGCACUAUAAUCAAGAGGAUUGUAUCUAAUCACGAGGCAUACCAGAGGCGAAAUGAAAGGAAGGGUGAAAGUGAGAGAAGGUAUUAUGAAGAUAAACAAUUUGUGUCUGAUGCCUGAUUGACACUCAGAAAAUCUUGAAGAUGUUCUGUAGGCUCGGAGAUUAUAUUUGCCAUCAGUUUGCAGCUACAUAGGGUGAUAAACACGACUAUUUCAGAAUUUUGUUUUACUAAGGAGCAAGCACCUUUGUUGUGCCAGUGCCGUGCUCUGUUUAUUUAUUUCUUAGCUUUAGUUGCUCACAGAUGUUGAGAAACCUAUAUUUUUUAUGAUUUCAGAUUUUCCCGAGCAAUGCGUUUUGAAGAUAAAAUUUCCCUACAUAUACGCUGUCUUCAAUUUAUACUUUAUUGAUAUUUUACGAGUCAUGAAUAUUGGAG